AUGGUUAUCGCCUUCAUCGUAUACAGGGAGCUACGUACAUCCUUCACCAUUUAUUUACUGUUUCUCUUCUGCGCCAACAUAAUCUACGCCGUCGGGCAGUAUCCGCUGGAGGUCAUCCGGCAGGGCUUUCCCGGUGGCUACUGGCUACCGCACAGCGUCUGUUGUCUGCAUAUGUACUUAAAUUAUGCCUUCGCCCCGGUUGCUAUGCACAUGCAUGUACUGAUCACUCUGAACCGCCUCUGGGCCACCACGUUUCCUCUCUCGUACAAGCAGGUGUAUUCUAAGAAAGUGGCUGCGUCACUGUGCGUGCUGAUGGCCGUAUACGUACAGCUUUUAUGUUUACCGUUGGUUGUACUGGAUUUCUUGUACUAUCAUCUGCCUGAACGUGAGUACGGCUGCAUAGUCAAUACCGAAGCACAGGUGGUGUACAGCGCUGUCGUGGCCAUUGUCAGUACCGACGUGCCGGUUGUGGUUGUUUUGGGAGCGUAUCCGUUAUUGUGGUACAAAGAGAAGCAGCGGCGAAAGACCCGUUUGGGUAUGAAGGCGGAGAUGACGACAAAAACUAACCUAGGAGGUCCUGCCGAUGCGAACACUUUCCGAAGAAAAGCUCCCUCUACUUCGCGGCCCUUUGUGAUUCUGACAUUACUGACAUUUAGUGUGACCAUUUGCUGGACCCUGAUCAAGUGCUAUGGACGACUGAUAUUGUUACUGGAGGUGUUGGUGACUUACCCGGUCUCCGACACACCACCAGCGUCAUGUUUGUGA